AUGGAAGACAUCAACGCGAUCGUGUGCAACCCAGCGUAUCAGCCGCUGUUGAGUGUGAUCAAAGGAGCACGCAACGGGUUCGUCUAUGGCGCCAAGAUCAGAUUUCCACAUGCACUAGUCAUGACCUUUCUCUUCGGCCGCGGAGACCUGCGCAGUAAGUUGACGGCUAUAUACCGCGCCACCAAGCAACACAGCACGAAUCUGGCGAAAUUCGUAGCUAUCUUCAAGGCCACUGCUAUAGUCCAGAAACGUCUCAAUGGCGGUGUUCCCCGUGAUUUAGACACUCUCUUUGCCGGUCUCGUCGCCGGAUAUGCCGUCUUCUCAGAACGUAACGCGGUGAAUGAGCAAAUGAUGCUUUACGUCUUGUCGCGUGUUGUAGCGUCGUUCAUUCCUCGCCAGCCUACGCCUGAAACGGUUGCUCUGGGCAAGCCGCACCCUCCAAAUUCUACCGCUUUCUCUCUUCUCGCUACCCUCACGUGGGGUUCAGCGGUGUAUCUCUUCCACUCAAAGACUCGCAGACAAACGCUGCAGUCAGGAAUGGUCAACUCGAUGCAGUAUCUGUAUCUAGACUCUAACUAUUGGUCCAGCCUAAAGACUCUCCUCUGGCACAACAAGUAG